AUGCAAGCUUUAUCAAGUUUCAAUCAGUGCCCAUCUGAGACACCGUCGGGAGAGAAGAACCAGAGCCCAGGAAAGCAGAACCUCAAGCAAAAAUGGCACAGCUUCUACUUCCGCCGCCGACGCACCAAUGGCGGCAAAUGGGGUCAGUGCUUUGCUUCACGAUUCAAUGGGGAAGGAAAGUUCACUACUUUGAUUCCACUCCGCUCGGGAUUCAAUUCCAUUCCCGAUUAUCUUAAGCGGCCGGGAGAAAUUUCAAGAAGCAGAAGCCGCCGCCUAAGGUAA